AUGAACAUGAUCUGCGCACCGUUGGGCCCCGACGCACGAGGAUUUUGGUUGGAUCGUUGGGUUGAGGACGGCUGGAAUCCUGCUUCUCCGCGCGUAUGUCUCGGGCGCGGAUUUGCGCUCGUACAGGUGAAUCUGAUCCAGUGCGCCUCGUCGAUGGAGGAGUGUAUCGGUGGGAUGUCCGCCGGUGGCAGGCCAGCUGCGUGUUGUCGUUGGGGCUAUAUGUUCGAGUUGAAUGACGAGCGGCAGAUGAGGUUCGAGGUCAUCCUGGGCUGA